AUGGCAUCCAACAUGAAAACCCCCGCUGCGAAGAUAAACACUGUCAAUUCGGAGAUCAAGCCCGAUGACGCUGCUUUCAUUAUCGAGUGCACCAAGCACAUGGGCGAAGAUCGCAUUGUUGAUCUGUCUAAAGUAGCGGAGGCAAUGGGUUAUGCCAACGUUAACUCAGUUGGUAACCGUCUGCGUGCCCUCCGUAAGCGCCACGGAAUCAAACUUGAAUGCAAGAUGGGCUCCGGCGCAUCCCCCGUUAAGGCCAAGGUCGACACAUCUGGCAAAGCGGCCCCUGCGAAGGGAAAAACCGGCGGUGACAAGAAAGCUGGAAAGAAGACUGGUGCCACUGGCGGUGGUAAAACUGCUGCUACUGAAGGUGAAGAAACCGACAGUGAGCCUAUCUUGUCCUACAGCGUCCUUGCCGGUGCCAAAAGACAGCGUGCUCGCAAGGGCGCAAAGGUGUCUUCUAACGAGCCCAUCCCCGCUACUGCAUCGAAAGGCGUCACCGUGAAGACCGAACCCAGUGUCGUAAUCAAGAAGGAGGAAGGAGGUAUCUCCCCUUACCUGUUGGCAGCUGUCAACCAGGCUGCAGGAAAUCUGGACACAGCCUCCAAGUAUUCCAAGUAG